AUGCUGCAGGAACACAGAAGGCGGCGCCGCCAGACGCGGACCACGACUCCGAGUCCGCCGCUCCCCCUGCUGUCAGGGCUCCUGGCGCUGGGCCUGGGGCGCGUCUGCUGGGCGCUGGGAGCAGGUGCGAGACACCAGCCUCGGGGACGCUCCCGCGAUGUGGACCUCGACAAGUGCAGGGACUGCACGUUGUGCCCCCAGCGACUUCACAGUGGCUUCUGCGUGGGCUGCUCCCCAGAUCCUCCAGCCUCCCGCCCCUUGCUGCGGCCCAUCCUGAGGGGCGCCCUGAGCCGAGCCCUUGUGCCGGGACUGCUUUCUGGCUUCCUGGACUGGAGCCCGUGCUGCAGGGUAGAGAAGUUGACGACUCCUGUGGAGGGGUCUGGAGGGAAGUGCUGUCCUGAAAUGACGCUGAUCUAG